CCCGUGAAGGCAGUUAGAAAGCCCGCCAAAUGCUCUCCCGUGGGCGAGGCCCGCGAGGGCGGGGGGAGGGGGAAGAACUAAAUUCUAUGGAGGGAGAAAGAGGAAGCGCUCUCCACCGGGGUCCCGCCCUCUUCCCCCACGCCAAUACGCGGGCUCCACGCGCCGUUCCGCCCAGCCAUCAGCCCCGCCUGUCAGAGGGGGUUCUUGUGCUCCCUUUGGCCUUUCUGUGUCCCGGGCCACCUCGCGUUCCCCUCUCCCGCCGCUCCUCACUUAGGCUCGCUGCGUUGGGCUACCUUAUUUUCACUUCUCGGGACCUUUUCUCUCCCCGAAGGGACGGGAAGUGUAAACCUAAUGCACGCGCUAGCCACCGCUCCCCAGCGAAGCCUCCCCCAACCCCCACGGGGCGCCGGGGACUACAUUUCCCGGCGGGCCCUGCGCCCGCAACUUGGUCAGCUGACCGGUCUCGUGAUCUGUUGACUGUCAGGGGGUUCGGCUAGAGGAGGAGAGGUGACUGUCCUGGGCCACUGCUGACCUCCCAGCAAGCGGAGCCAAAAUGUCCCCGGAAUCUAAAAAGCUUUUCAACAUCGUUAUUUUAGGAGUUGCCUUUAUGUUUAUGUUCACCGCCUUUCAGACUUGUGGAAAUGUGGCGCAAACUGUCAUCAGGAGCUUAAAUAGCACAGAUUUUCAUGGCAGUGGAUAUACCAGCUUGGCAAUUAUUUAUGGCGUGUUCUCUGCUUCAAAUUUGAUCACCCCGUCCGUGGUCGCCAUUGUCGGACCUCAGAUCUCUAUGUUUGUCAGUGGUUUGUUUUACAGCAUGUACAUUGCCGUUUUUAUCCAACCUUUCCCAUGGUCCUUCUACACAGCAUCUGUCUUCAUCGGAAUCGCAGCUGCUGUCCUUUGGACAGCACAAGGAAAUUGCCUGACAAUAAAUUCUGAUGAGCACACAAUCGGGAGAAACAGCGGAAUUUUCUGGGCACUCUUACAGUCUAGCCUGUUCUUUGGAAAUCUCUACAUAUAUUUUGCCUGGCAAGGGAAAACCCAGAUUUCAGAGAACGACCGAAGGACAGUGUUCAUCGCGCUGACAGUAAUAAGCCUCGUGGGGACCGUUCUGUUCUUUCUCAUUCGGAAACCAGAUCCUGAGAAUGUCCUUGGAGAAGAAGAGUCUUUCGAUGACCAGGACAUGGAAGCUACCGAGUCUGCCCAGAACAAUGUGACAAAGGCAGUCGAUGCGUUUAAAAAGUCUCUGAAGUUGUGCGUCACCAAGGAGAUGCUCCUUCUGAGUGUUACGACUGCCUACACAGGUCUGGAGCUGACCUUCUUCUCUGGGGUGUACGGAACCUGUAUUGGGGCGGUAAACAAGUUUGGGACAGAAGAGAAAAGCCUCAUUGGACUUUCUGGAAUUUUCAUCGGCAUUGGAGAGAUCUUAGGUGGAAGCCUCUUCGGCCUGCUGAGCAAGAACCAUCGCUUCGGCAGGAACCCAGUCGUGCUGCUGGGCACCCUGGUGCACUUCGUAGCCUUUUACUUGAUCUUUCUCAACAUGCCCGGAGAUGCGCCCAUUGCCCCUGUGGAAGGGACGAACAGCAGUGCGUACAUCAGGCCCAGCAAAGAAGUUGCCAUUCUCUGCAGUUUUCUGCUGGGUCUGGGAGACAGCUGCUUCAACACCCAGCUGCUCAGCAUCCUGGGUUUUCUCUACUCGGAAGACAGCGCACCUGCCUUUGCGGUCUUUAAGUUUGUUCAGUCCAUCUGCGCAGCUGUGGCCUUUUUCUACAGCAACUACCUCCUCCUUCACUGGCAGCUUCUGGUUAUGGUGAUAUUUGGGUUUUUCGGAACCAUUUCUUUCUUCACUGUGGAGUGGGAUGCUGCUGCCAUCGUGGCUCGAGGCUCUGACUACCGAAGCAUUUGAUGAGACACUCAUCUCCAGGAAACACAGCUGGUCAUGUGACAGCUGGUCAAAGCGACCACCUGUCAGUCUCAUAAUUGCUGGACGAUGCUGAGUGUGGAAAGUGAGACCUGAGACUGUUAAAUCAGACAGGGUUAGUAGUAAAGUUUACAGAUCCUAGCGACUCACGCUAGCGGAGAAAGGGAAUCCCGCUCUGUCAUUUGCAACUGUUCCAAGAUGUUUGUCCACCCCCUCCCUUAGUUCCUCACAGUCACAUCUCCUCCAUCCUCACUCUCAUGGAAAGAUCCUGCCUGGCUCACCACGUGUCACAGGAUUCCUGUUGGCUGUCCACCCCCUCCCUCAGUUCCUCACAGUCACAUCUCCUCCAUCCUCACUCUCAUGGAAAGAUCCUGCCUGGCUCACCACGUGUCACAGGAUCCCUGCUGGCUAUGGAGUAUGUUUCAGUCUUUUGACAUAGGAAGCAGAUGCCACUCAUUGUGUGGAUCUGGGAAUGACUUUGCGAUAGACACUGGGGAUGCUGACACAGUUGUUUUGAGACAGGAUCUCACUGCCUAGCCCAGGCUGGUCUUGGACUUGCAGCCCUCCCCCACCUCCAGUGUUGGGGUUAUCCUAAGUACCCGACACAGGAUUUAAAACACUCCAGUCUUUUUGAGUUAGGAUCUUGAUAUGCAGCCUUGGCUGGCCUGGACUCUGUACACCAGGCAAUGCUCCUGCCUUUGUCUCCUGAAUGCUGGGGUGGUCAGAAUAUGCUGCCACACACUGCUUGGCUGAGACCUCAACUUCUCUUUAAAUGCUUUGUUAGACAAGUCUUACCUUGUCACUUUCAGCAAGGGGUUGCCAGUUAUGUGUCAUGAGGUAAAGACUGUGUCAUUUGUUAAUGAAUAAAAGUGUAUUUAGAG